ACAAACGUAAUAAUUUAGUGAAUGUUGCAAAGUGAAAAAAACUUGUCAUGGAGAAUGUCUGGAGUGACGGUAUCGUUGAAGAACGAAAGGAUCUCGCUCCCAUAAUGGAAGAAGAAGAUAAAGGACAAGCGAAAGGUUUGCAGUCGGACUCAUCGGACACGGCGUCGACUAUAAAGCGUUGGAACAGUCGAUGGACGCCCUCAGAGGGUUACGACUCGUCAGGCACAUCGACCAACUCCGACAUGGGUGACGAGUACGUUGAAGAUUAUCAGCAGGAUAUCAGAGCGAAUCUGUCUGAAUCGACGGUCGCGUGCCAGACAGCCUAUCGAUCACAGGAAUGUUUGUGUCAGGCCUGCUUACUCGGCUAUGCUAAGAUGAUAGCGCUUCAAGGGAGUAUGCCUAAUAUAUGUGCAGUAUCCAGUGGUAUGGCUAAUAUCUGCCCGGCAUCGACUACGCAUCUGGAAAGUUUCCCGUCUUUCUGCAAUGCGAUGCCGUGUUCAAGUAUUUCUAGUGAGCUCGCACAUGCCGUUAAAGAGCACGCGAGAAGCGUCGCUCAUUAUCCGCAUAUCUGUGAUACGCAACAAGAUUUGAUGUUCGCGAAGGAGCGAAAAAUACACGCAGGUAGCAGAACAAACAGUACGACAUCUCUGCCAGUAAGCUCGACGGGAAGGUGCGCUGGUUCUUUGGACAGAAGGCGACGCAGAUUCCGCAGUAGAGUGGACCGCGAUCAGAGAGCUAUGUCUCAUAGCGAUCUGAUCAAUCAUGAGAAGAAUAAACUACACCAUUAUUGCUCAUUGCAACAAUUUCAUUGCGGAAGCAAUAUGUGCAUAAAUAAUUAUCAUAGCAAAACUGAGGAACGAUUGAGAAAAUUAGAAAGUGAACGUGGAGCAUUGCAUAUGGAAGUAUCAGUUUUAUCCGAACAAGUCGAUGCACAAUCAAAUAAGAUCCAAGAAUUGGAGAGCUUACUUCAAGAAAAAAGGGAUGCUUUGAGACAAAUGGAGGAAGUAUUACAGAAGGAAGUUUUAUCGAGAAGCGCUUUAGAAACACAAAAGUUGGAGCUUCUUACCUCCUUGUCUGAAAUGAAACUCAGACAAGCUAGUUUGGAACACGAAAACCUGUCACUGCGCAAUACAAGUCCUUUAUCGAAUGGCGAAAGAUUCAGCAGACAUACGGGUCAAUAUAGUAGUCUUCCUAGGCCACCAACAUCCAAGAAAGGCGUUGUAUUUGGUAAGGUUCCAAAUUUAGUCUCGGGAGCGCAUACGACGAUACCCUUGGCUGUUAGGGGAGUCUCUGCGAGAUGUCUGUCCGCUCCUAUUCUAGCGGAAGAAGCGAAAAUUAUGAUCAGUGAAGCGAACCCGCAAGUGGAAUUAUUACCACCGAAACCGCUCGUAGAACUCAGUAUGGAGGAAAUCCGUGAUUGGUUAGCUCGUCUUGGUCUAGAAUGCUACGCUACUGAAUUGAGACGUUGGGGUGCUACCGGAUCGAAAUUGCUUGACGCCACGCAGGUUCAACUAGAAAAAGAAUUGGACAUAAAAAACACUCUGCAUAGGAAAAAGCUGCUUUAUGCUAUCGAAUCAGAACGAAGUAAUGGCAUUGGAUUUCUCGGUUCUCAAAAGAUCCUCUCUGAUAUCUCCCAGAUGGAUAAUGCAACUGUAUUACGGUGGCUAGACGAUAUCGGACUGCCGCAGCACAAGGAAGCCUUCCACAACGCCAAGAUUGAUGGCAGAGUUUUACAUAGAUUGACAACAGAAGACCUUUUAAAUCUCGGAGUGACUGCACAGUUACACGCCGCUAGUUUAAGACGUGGAAUUCAGGUUCUACGAGAUUUAAACUUCGAGUUUGAUAAUCUCGAGAGAAGGUCCGUGAACGGGAAUGGUGCCGACGGUACGAACGUAACUCUCUGGACGAACCAUCGUGUGAUGGAGUGGCUACGGGUGGUAGAUCUCGCAGAGUAUGCGCCGAAUAUGCGUGGCUCCGGUGUUCACGGUGGUCUGAUGAUCCACGAAGAUCGAUUUACUUCCGAGCUGCUCGCCACGUUGCUCAGCAUUCCACCGACAAAGACUCUACUUCGUAGACAUCUCACGACACAUUUUAAUCAGAUUCUCGGCAGAGAGGUGGUUCAACAAAAACGAGAAAUGGAGAAUACUCUCGGAUUUGUUCCACUUACGCUUACUGCUAGACUAAAGGUACCAAAGAAAUCUCAAUUCACACUGAAACGCAAGAAGAGUAAAAACGAAAUGGAUUUCGGCAAUUUGGUUUGCCCAUUGGAGACAUCGCCACCAGGUACUCCAUCAACGCCUUCGUCAACACCAGGCAGCCCUAACUUGAACUCACCCACAUUCUAACCACAAUUAAAACUUCCAUUCAAGUAAUCAUCUAAACUAUUUUACUUGGAAGAUACUGGGCAAAGAAGAGUUAUAGGUUGCAUAUGAAAUGGACGAAUUUCGAAAGGAUAUAUUUUAAUAUUAAACAACGAAUAUAUAUAUAUAUAUAUAUAUCCAGUUAACCAUUUACUGCCAAAUUGUCAGCAGACUGCUAAAAAUUUCUUGCAGAAUCAGGCUGCCAAAACCAUGGCCUACUGUGUCCUCGAGUGCGUCCCAAUUGCAAGCAAAAAUUGUUAUCAAAUUCUGAUAUCAAAUUGGGUGCAACACCAGAGCAGAUCUGUCAUUAGCAAUACAAUGACAAAAUUCACGCAGCAAAUUGAGAACAGAUGUUGCAACGUAAACUCACAGCAGAUUUGCGCCAAAUAUGCAGCAGAUCUGUAUUCAUAAAUGACGACAGAUUGGCGACAGAUUUGUUGAAUUUUUCAUUUUCACAGUAAUUUUAUUUUGAUGUAAGAGAAUCGAUGUAAGCAGUCUCCUGGGAAGAUUUAUUAAUUCAUAAGUAGGAACACAUUGAAUAAUUUACUCCAUUCUCUCCUUAGCAUUUAAUAUUUCCUAUAGGGGGGUCUCAAUUGACCUAUCUAUUUCCUCCCUUUAUAUCGCAGGUAUAUCAUCUAUUCUAGGUGCAAUUAAUUUCAUUAAAUUUCUUGUAGUUAAAUGUCACUCCAAAAAAAUGAGUAUACUAUCAGUUCUGUAUCAUAAAAGUAUAAUGUGGCGAUCGCCACAUCGGACUCCUCCGCAGGCGCAGCGAAGAAAGGUAAUUUUUGCUUACCUUAGUCGCGCUGCGAAUGGUUUUUAUGUAACAAGUUGAUUGCAUUUUACUCCCGAGAGAGUAGGCCGCCUAUCGGUGCCGCACUUUUUAUUGCCAAUUUGACAUUUUGACAGAUCUGCAUUUCUGGUAUCAAUCUGUCGCGUACUUUGACACACAAAUGUUAUUGCAUUUCUACAGGCAAUUUGUUGAUAUUGUUUGCACUUUGGUGUUUGUUGUCAAUCUGUCAUCAAUACUUUCAAUAAAUCUGCUCACAGUUCACUAUUAUUUUGUCAUAUAUUCUGAUGACAGACGUUGUUAAAUAUUUGCUAAAUAUCUACUAACAGUGUUUGGAAUGACAAGAUAUGUUUCUCAUUUGUCGCCUUUUUGGCAACAGAAUCUGUUACCAACAUUUGUCACAGCAGAAAUGGUUAUCAGGAUGUGUGUGUGUGUGUGCGUGCGUGCGCGUGUGUGUGUGUGUGUGGGUAUAUAUAUUCAAACAAUCUAAGACAUGCGAAGAAAUGUCAAAAUCAUCUGGGACCAGUUAUCAUAUAAUAACAUCAAAAUGUGCAUUUUGAUAAGAAAAAUGCAUAAACGAGACUAACUCCAACACCGCCAAAGUUUAAUUAACGCCCUCAACUGAAAGAUUCAAUAAAAAUUAUUCAUUUUAUAAAUAACAUUUUUACAAAACAAUAAAUUAUAUGUAGGUAUAGGGUAUAUCGUAAUUGAGAAAGAAAUAAAUAUUAAAUUUAUACCCGA